CGAGAGAGAGUGCACUCAACACAUGCACUUAAAAGACCACAGACUUGUCAAUUUAGCUUAAUAAUCUUCAAACGUCUCUUACAGUUGCCCUACAGCGCUUUUCUCUCCUUUAACGGAAAAGGUACAGAGUACAUAACUGUGUCUCUACCCACUUACUUAACUGAGCUGGGCGUACGCGUUUAUAAUAAAAAGUAAAACAAACAUUUCUUACGAAACUACAAAACUACAAUCAAGUCAGCUUGCGGUGCGAGUCGCAGGACAGCCAAUAGAACGCCUGCGCUGUGUCACAUGUCAUUUCUGACCAAUUGCAGCGUAGCAGGGUGAUGUCACGGUUGGUUGCUUCCUUUAGUCAGCAGCUGUUAGACGUUAUCGUUGUGGCCUGGCAUUAUCGUUGUUUUUUACCUAUUUAAUGACACAUUUUUUCAACCUGUUGACUCGUUUAUGGCACAACACAAGCUUCGUCAUUCGGUAGUCGGUUUUUAAAGGGGAUGAAAAGGCUCAAGAGGAAGAAACAAAACGCCGGAGUUGGGGUGAAUGGGAAUGGACCUGUCACAAGAGAACCAGACUGUGGCAGGAAGCAGAAGUUGGCUGAGAUCCAUCAGGCUUUGAUCAGUGAUCCAGUGGACAUUGAGACCCUGAGGAGAGCAGCAGCCAGCAGAGGAGGACUGCUUACUGAUGAACUGAGGAGGAAAGUCUGGCCCAAACUACUGAACAUCAACGUGUAUGAUCUACCACAUAAACCUGGUCGAGAUGUGAGAGAGAACCACAAGGAUUAUAACCAGGUCCUCCUGGAUGUCAGGAGGUCCAUGAAGCGGUUCCCUAAAGGUAUGCCAGCCACAGAAAGAGCCGUCCUUCAGGAGCAGCUGAUUGACAUCAUACUGGAGGUUUUGAAACGCAACCCUCAGCUCCAUUACUACCAGGGCUACCACGAUGUGGCUGUCACUCUGCUGCUGGUAGUUGGGGAGCGAAUGGCCAUCGCCCUGUUGGACACACUCUCCAAUUAUCACCUCAGGGAUUUCAUGGAUCCUACCAUGGACAGCACUAAACACAUUUUAAACUACCUGAUGCCCAUACUGGAACAAGUCGACACAGAACUACAUGACUUCAUGAUGAGGUCAGAGGUGGGAACUAUCUUUGCACUGUCCUGGCUCAUCACAUGGUACGGCCACGUCCUGUCAGAAUUCAAACACACUCUCAGACUCUACGAUUUCUUCCUGGCUUCACAUCCACUGAUGCCCAUCUACCUUGCUGCCACGAUUGUGUUGCACAGAGAGAAGGAGGUGAAGCAGACAGAGUGUGACAUGGCCAUGGUCCACCACCUCCUCUCCCGCAUCCCUCAGGACCUCCCAUAUGAACUUCUGAUCGCUCAGUCCCAGGACCUGUUCAACCAGUACCCUCCAUCAUUACUGGCCAAGCGGGCAGCACUGCAGUCUCGAAAGAGUCUGUCCAUCAGCACCUUCCAGGCGUUUCAGCUCUCCACCCUCCACCAGAGGCCAGACUCUGUUCUCCAACGCCUCACCAAGGCCCAGGGCUCCACCACCUCCAGACAUGCCUCUCGACACUCAGGCCUGGAAGCAGCUUUGCCCCGGGACCGAGGCCAGCUGUGGGGAAAGGGGAACAGGAUUGUGAAGAUGGCAGUGUGGGGGCUGUCUGCGACGCUCGGGGCGGCCGUGUUCGCUGUGGCUCAGACGGCCAUGGAUUGGGGACCUGAGGUGUUACUACAACUGUUCUGACGUGGCGGCGGGGAUAUAGACUGUUAGACACACUGACACAUGGUGACAGCAGACACACAUCUGCUCUCAGAUGAAUCAACAGCACACAAACAUGCGUACACAAACAAAGACGCUGAAGGCUUGAAGCUUGUCUCGUGCUCAGAGGGGAUGGUAGAGAAAAACAGGAGGUUAGCUAUGUCAGUGCCAGGUUGUUGCUACUCAACCACCAUGAACAUGUUGUAACCACUGGUCAGCCUUAGGAUGUGUGUGUGCAUGUGUGUGAGUGGGUAUAUGUGUGUUAUAUGUUUCUGAACAUGUACGCCAGACCUCAUACUACAUGUCAGCAUGGAUAAAUGACGGGCCUGUUGGGCACAGGCCCAGGAGUCCAAGCACUAAGGAGGCUCUGGGGCUAGAGCCUCUGUUUGAAGUGACUGUUAGCAUUGCUUGUUGUCAAUGAAACAACCACAAACAACUUUGGAGAGGAAUGUGUUAAACUACUAAAACUAGAAAACACAGACAAAAUGACUACAAGGAGAUGCAAAACUACUACAAAAUGACCACAAGAAGACGCAAAAUGACCUCAAAGAGAUGCCAAAUGACCACAAAAGGAUGCAAAAGAACUAUGUGUGACUACAAAAGACAUAAAAUAACUACGAAAACAGACAAAGCAACUAUUAAAAGACACAAUGACUACAAAAGAUGCAAAAUAACCUCAAAGAGACAUAUUGUAGGGUGUUCCUCCCAUGUAGGAGGAGGUCUUUUAUACCUCUGUGCCCAGGGGCCCGUUGUCUCAUAAUCCGCCCAUGCAUGUAAGACACUUAACGCAUCUUGCUCUUUCAGGCUUUUGCUCACAUGCUACCAUUUGUUGUACCAUUUUUACACGUGUCUGUGUGUGUUUCCUGCUAGUUGAUUAUUUUGCUGAUAGCCCAUUUUUAGACCAUCACGCUUUGUUUCCCUGCAUUUCUGUUAAAAGUGUUUCAGUGCGCUUGUUGGAUCAGCAGCCAUAUCUGAGAGCCAAUAGUGCCGGUAGCCAGCACGAUGACACAUGAAUACAAAUUAUUAAAGAGCAGUAUUUUCUGUUGAAAGCUUCCAGUUAUGAGGAAAGAAGGAGAGCGAGAGAGAAAGAGGGAGUGAUGGAGGGAGAGAUUUUGCCUGUGAGCUUUUUAUUAAUUGCUUGACUCCAGGUGUCAGUGAAUUGCAUUUAUAGUAUUGUUUGACACACAAAACGAGCUGUUGCCACCCCAAAAUGUGAACAUCACACACAGUUAGAAUGCAGCACUAAAUACAAGCAGUGGGCCUUCUGCAUUUUGCAGUAGGUAUUGGAGUCCAUACUUUUUAAUGUUAUUUUUGUAUUUCCUGUAGCCGUUUUCUAGCUGUCUGGCCCACCAUUGCUGAAAGAAUAUGGGGAAGACACCAGUACUUUUACAUUCUUAAAAUAUUUAACAGGUUUGCGCCAACAUCCACCCUGAACAGCCGUCAACAGAGCCACAGUACACGGACUCAGUUCUUCUUCAACAUCAUAUUUCUCUUUAAAAUUUCACUGCUGUGCUUAAAAUGAUUUUACGGCUACAAUUUGAGGACUGUCGGUCUGAUUAUUUUAACAUGUCACAGGAGAAAUUCAGUUUUUUAACUACGUGCAUGUCCUCAAAGGGCAUCACACACACUGUAGAUAUUCUUGGCUCAAACAUAAUCACAGAGUUCCAUAACCUUAAAAGUGAAUAUUAAUAAUACAAGCUGUUUCCACCUGAGGUACAUACGUAUGUACACAGCAGGGGGAUGGGGUGGAGGGUGGAGGGGUAUCCAAACAGCAAUGCAUGCCCUGGUUGUCGACUUCUUCUGUUCUGAAAUAUUUAUCAGCUUUUUACUAGCCGGGCUGCUGCAUCUGUUAAGACAUCUUCACCGGAGUCACAACACUCUCCCUCCUCCACUUCCUCUGUUAUCAGAUAUAAAUGUGUCAUAUCUUCACACAGCUGGAUGUACAGUCUGCCCUGUUGAUUUUAGUUGCUACAGAGCAAAGGAAUUCAACUGGUACUGGUCUGUUGUGUACAAAAUUACAGCGUACAGAGCAGGAGUAAAUGAGUUUUAUGGAUCUGGAGAGUGUUUUUAGCAACAUUUGUAGAGCUGAGUAUUAUAUAUAACAAGCCUGUCAGUCAAACAGUUAGAAUAUCAAUUUGUGCAAAUUUGAUUGGUGAUAAUCAGUCAUUUUAUUAGACAGCCAAUAAGUCAAUCAAUCAGUGGCCAUGUAACUCAAGUAGUUGCCUGGUCAAUAACCUGUGCUACAGUCUGACAAGUUGUAUACCACAUUAAACAAUAUGUGUGUCCAUGUACUGUAACGUGUGUGUGUGAGAGUGAGGAAAAUGGAAAAAGUAGCUUUAAUCACAGGUCUGUUUUUCUCUUUAUUUGCUUUCUGGGCAUCUUUUGUUUUUUUUAUUUAUUUAUCGUAUUGGUGCUUUAUUAACUGUCAAAAAUCAAAUUAUUUAUUUCAAGAGCAACAAUCUGAUUGGCUAUUUAUAUAACGGGUAAAUGCUAAUUGGAUUGUAUAAAUGUGUAAUUGAAAUAGCUGAAAACUGAUUAUUAUGGUUUUAUCAGAAAUCUGAGGGUUUAUAUCUUUAAAGGUGAUCCAGUUAUUUUACAUAUAAAAUACUGUCCUGGUCAGAAAAGAGAUCAGAAGUUAAAGGAAUAUUUUUUAGGGGGGAAAUGCACUUAUUUACCUUGUUAAAGAGAGUUAGAUGAAAAGAUUGAUACCGCCAUUGAAGGCAUAUUUCCCACACUACUGAACUAUCCCUUUAAAUGUUUGGCUCAUGAGCCAUUUCAUUUUGUAGAUUAAAAUAAUACAAAGGGAACAUGUAUUGUAUGGUGCAUGGCUGGCAUUGAUUUGUACCCUGCUCAGUUACACAGACAGCUCAUUCUGCAGUGAAGUUAAUUCAGUCAACACUCGCUGUACUUUUAAAGUGAUUGUAUGUAAUUGUGCAUCAAUGGUGCUUGGUCACAGCUGAUUCAUAUAGAACUGCUUUAUCAAUACAAAGCAUUUUUGCAUGUUUUUUUGUUUACACUUAAUUGGCUGCCUCAUUCGUAAAUGUGCAGGGAAAACCCCUUUGACCAGAGUCUGUGAUCUUCAAGCAUAAGUCUAGUAUAAGUCAAAUCUGUGCCAUGUAGUUUUACACACACACCCAUACCCGUACAGGCAGAGAGAGCUGGUGGUGCCAGAUCUUAAUGAGGAUUUAAUUCCUGCCCCUGGCUCUUGGUGUGCUCAAGACACUUUCUCCUUGUCUUUUUUUUUUUUAAUUUUUUUUUUUUUCCUCACGUUCGCACUCAAACACCUACACCAGCACCUGCACUGGUCUCAGUCUGGCAGAUGCCUUAGAUGAAAAAUGAUUGAAGCAUGUUACUUGGAUUGUGUGAAACCAAAGCAAAAUAUAGAAGUUGUUACAGGUCCGUAAAAUCAGUGAAACACACCGUAUACACUUAAUUCUAGAGGACGUAAACAUAGAAAAUAGAGGAUAGAUAAUUUAAUUUCACUGUAGUGCAAUGAUUUACUCUUAUUGAUUAGUCCUGUUGAGAGUAGUUAAAUAUCUCAUAUUUUAUCAUUGUUUUUACUACCUGGUUUGUCUCACUUGAUAUCAGCUCACAUCUGCAAAGAUUUUGAGGCUAUUUUGCACUCCACCCACUAACCAGUCUAUCAGAAUCAUUUGCCAAAACAAACAAAAUCACAGACAUGAUUCAUUGCAAUGUUAUAGCAAUUUGACCAAAUCAAAUCUGUUUUUAUAUUGGUUAUGAAAUAAGAGAUGCUUCUUUUGAAACAUUAAUUUGCAGUUGUUGAAUGAAAAUGAGAACAUUUAAAAACUUUUGAGAAGUUAGUUAAGGAGCUGGCUUUUUAGCAAAUCAAAAAAUUUCAGGAUUUCAUGCCAAAUUAUGCAUUCACUCUGGUGUGCUGAAGAGCCUGAUGCUGAACUCCCAGUGAGCUUGUGUUGAGCCUCUGAUGACUCUCGGUCUUCCCCUCAGGUCCGGAUUAUUUCCCAAAAGACUUGAUCACACCAAAUACUGCAAAUACAAGCCUUUAGUUGCGUGUGUGUAUAUAUAUGAUUUCUGUGGACAUUUUGGGCAUUUAGUGCAUGUUUCUCAUGAUGGUUACUAAGAGAUACAAACUGUAUUUUUGAACAUAUCAGGUUCUUUGCACAUUGUACUUAUUGUAUUGUAAUGUGUGUAAAUGAAGCCUCUUUCUGUCUAUGAAGUAGAACAGUGAAUAAAUAAAAACAAAUCUUGACUCAGUA